GCCAGUGGAGGGAUUGGCAGAGGGGGGGUGGAGGACACUGAAUGGAGGCCAGUGGAGGGAUUGGCGAGGGGGGUGGAAGACACUGAAUGGAGGCCAGUGGAGGGAUUGGCAGAGGGGGGUGGCGGAGAUGGAGCGGUUGGAAAGGUGAAUGAGUCUGGCAGCCGUAUUCAGGAUGGACUGAAGCGGGGAUAGCCAGCGGAGAGGCAGGCCAGUGAGGAGGGAGUUGCAGUAGUCGAGUCGUGAUAUGGAGUUUGUUAAAGAUUGGACUUGGGGCUGGAAGGAUAGGUUGGAGUCCAGAAUGACACCAGUACUCUGGCCUGCGGGGCGGGUUUGAUAGUAGCGUUGUUGGAUGUGAUGGAGAAGUCAAUGGGGGGGGUGUGCGGGCUGGGGGGAAGACAAGAAACUCGGUUUUGGAGAGGUUCAGUUUAAGGAAGUGGA